CGAAACCGGAUUGAGCCGGAGCUGUCGAUAAACACGGACUCAGAUAUCUAUGACUCGUUCCCUCUCUCUAUAUAAACUCCGCAAGAUCCGUCUCCUCCAUUACUUCACUCCGAUUACGUAUCCAAACCCCUUCAAAUUGAAAUCCAAUCCUCAAGACUCUUAUCUUCAACAUGUUGGCCAUAUUCCACAAGGGAUUUGCUCACCCACCCCAGGAGCUGUACUCCCCUGAACACUGCAGGAGGCAAUCCAAGAGCCCUGAGGAGAUCCUCAGGGAUUUCCACUCCGCUCAUCCUAGCGACACCUUCUGCAUCAGCUUCAGCACCGGCGCCGCCCUCGCUUCUAACUCCUCCGCCGGCGCCCAUUCGCCGUGUGUCUCCUUCCACCAAAGGUUGUUCAGCAGCUUGGACGAGGUAUAUUGCAUGUUUGUUGGGAGCUUGGACAACCUGAGCUCGCUCAUAAGGCAAUACGGCCUCUGCGGCAAGUCCACCAGCGAGGCCAUGCUCGUCAUCGAAGCCUACAGAACCCUUCGCGACCGUGGGCCCUACCCAGCCGAUCAAGUGCUUAAGGAUCUCAACGGAUCUUUCGCCUUCGUUAUUUACGAUAACAAAACCGGCUCCGUGUUCGCUGCUCAGAGUUAUGAUGGAAGAGUGCCUUUGUUUUGGGGCGUCGCGUGUGAUGGGUCUGCUGUGAUUUGUGAUGAUCUGAACGUUAUGAAGAGCGGCUGUGGGAAAUCUUUUGCUCCUUUCCCAAAUGGUUGCAUGUUUAGCAGUGAGGGAGGACUAAAGAGCUUCGAGAGGCCAAUGAACAAGAUGAAGGCGGUGCCGAGGGUUGACAGCGAGGGAACAAUGUGCGGAUCCUUCUUCAAGGUUGACAGUUGCACCAAGAUUAGCACCAUGCCUCGCGUUGGAAGCUCUGCUGACUGGACCUCAUGGGAGGACUCACACAAAUGAUAUUGAUGAUCGACUGAUUGCUCUUCAAUUCACUUUCGCUUCUUUAGGAGUUUGCUUCUGUUUUCUGCUUUUGAGCCAUGGCAGGCCUUGGGUUCCCUUGCAUGAUUGUACAUCGGGGAGGAGGAAGUUGUCUACUUAAAUAAAUAAAUGAUGUGAAAUUUGUUCAUAGGUUUA